UCCUCAUAGGAUAAAUUAAAAAAAGAAAAAAGGGUGAAGAAGUCAUCCAUCUCCAACGCAAACACACGCGAUUUAAUGACACUAAUGCCCCCCCCCUCUCCUCCGUUUCCGUUGCUGCGACCGUAACUUCCUCCCCUAGGUUUUCGCUCGCUCUUAGCGGCUUCAAGAAGCUUCCUCUUCGUUGUGCCCGCAUUAUCCCUCAGUGUCAGAGCCAUGUCAGAGCUUGUUCAGGAUAAGGAAUCUGUCGUCGCGGCUACCACUUCUUCUUUCAGUAAUACGACGCCGACGGAGCUCAACCAUUCCCGUACCUUCUUGGAUGCACGAACUGAAGAAGAUCUUAUCUCUGGUUUAAGGAAGGAAAUAGAAGCUGGAAGAUUGCCUCUCAGUGUUGCUUCAGGGAUGGAAGAGUUAUACUGGAACUACAAAAAUGCUGUGUUAAGUAGUGGAGCUUCCAGGGCAGCUCACGCUGUUAUAUCCAACAUGUCUGUUGCUUUUGAUCGCAUGCUUCUUGGUGUCGAGCAUCCUUUUACUUUCAAUCCUUAUCAUAAAGCUAUCAGAGAACCAUUUGACUACUACCAGUUUGUUCAUACAUACAUCCGUCCCCUCAUUGAUUUCAAAAAUUCUUACGUUGGAAAUGUUUCUCUUUUCUCUGAGCUUGAAGACAAGAUUCGGCAGGGACACAAUAUUGUGCUAAUAUCAAAUCAUCAAAGUGAAGCUGAUCCAGCUGUCAUUUCACUCUUACUUGAAGCACAAUGUCCAUACAUAGGAGAGAACAUCAAAUGUGUGGCUGGUGAUAGAGUCAUCACUGAUCCUCUAUGUAAGCCGUUCAGUAUGGGAAGGAAUCUCAUAUGUGUUUACUCGAAAAAGCACAUGAACGAUGAUCCUGAGCUUGUUGAUAUGAAAAGAAAAGCAAACACCCGAAGCUUAAAGGAGAUGGCUACACUGCUAAGGUCUGGCUCUCAACUUAUAUGGAUUGCACCAAGCGGUGGAAGGGACCGCCCGGAUCCUUCUACAGGAGAAUGGUUUCCUGCACCCUUUGAUUCUUCUUCGGUGGAUAACAUGAGAAGACUGGUUGAACAUUCUGGUGCUCCUGGACACAUCUAUCCAAUGUCUUUGCUUUGCUAUGACAUCAUGCCUCCUCCACCCAAAGUUGAGAAAGAAAUUGGAGAGAAAAGAAUAGUAGGGUUUCACGGUACCGGACUAUCAAUAGCUCCUGAGAUCAGUUUCUCAGAUGUCACGGCAGAUUGCAACAACCCUAACGAGGCGAAAGAGGCAUACAGCCAAGCUAUGUACAAUUCGGUCAAUGAACAAUACAAGACUCUAAACUCUGCAAUCAAUCACGGAAGAGGAAUAGAAGCAUCGACUUCCACGGUGUCCUUGUCACAACCCUGGAAUUAGUCUCUCAGUUUUUAGGGUUAACCCAUAAACCUUUUUUGUCUCAAAAAGUUUGUAACUGAAUUUAAGAAAAAAACCCAUACAAGAACAAGAUCGUUCCUGUAUCUGCGGAAUGCACAAUCUAUGGAAACAUAUUCUCCCACGCCAUCUUCAAAAA